AUGGCCGUCGAGACGGAGCGGCUGCUCAUCGUGAUGUUGCAGUCAUCCCUCCGCGACAUUGCCGAGUUCCUGGACGACGUGGUCCGCAUCAAGGGCCUAAAGGAAGCCGGUCGCUUCGUGUGCGCCGCUAUCAAAAAGAUCGUCUUCCAGGGCGGCGCCUGCGAGUACCACGCAUCGGACGCCAAGGUCGUAUCGCACUGGGUAUUGGCCAACAACAAGUGGGAUAAGGAGGCGGCGCAGUGGUUCUGGGACUAUGUCUACCAGUUCCAGAUCCUCUACGAUGCCGUGUCCAACUCAGUCACCAUGGCCGCUGCGCUGGAUCUCAAGAUGCUGGCCGACCUGCCCGGCCCCAUGGGCGCGCACUACCGUGAGGUCCUCCUGCGCCUAUUCAGCAAGUUUGCGUUCGACCCCUACUACGGGUGGGAGUAUAUGCCCCACCUGGACGUUCCAUGGUUUCUUAAGAUCCGAUGCGGCAUGACCGAGGGAACCGCGGAGUUUGAACGGACCUUGGCGGCGAUCCGGAGCCGGAAGAUGCCUCUGUCCGAUAUGGUGAGCCUAGCCAAGGUCCCAGCCUACAAUGCCUAUGCAGGCUUGCUCGGGAUCUACCCCGACGGACUACUGGAGGAGCUUGGGGUCCUUCACACGGAUGACCCCAGCUAUCACGUGCGAGACCACGGGGUCCGUGAUUUUGGCGCCAAGAACAUGGGCGGUCUCCAGCUCGCGAAGGUCAAGGAAUUCCUGUCCAUCAUUGUGCACUAUGGAGUGGCGUCGGCCGCCCAAACGGGCGAAGAGAUCUUCCCGACCGGCAAAAUGGAAUAUGACUGGGACCGGGACGAUGCUGACAUGAUCGAGAAUACGGUGAAGCUCAUGGGAGAAGGACCGGACUCCGAAGUCGCCCGACUGGGCAAAUUGUGGCGGGAUCUAGAUGCGGAGCUCAAGCUGUGCUCCAAUGUUGCUAAGAGGGAUCUCUUGGAGAGGGUAAAGGAUGUCAUCCUGAAAGACCGAUACUGGGUGAAGAAGGACAAGAUUCCGAUCGCACACGAGACCGCCUUUCGGUUGGAGAAUCUCGCGGCGACACUCAAGGAGCUCGAGGCUUUCAUGGAAGAGUUCGGGCUUCCGUCCUCCGCGAUAAUGGAUAAAUUCGACAGGCAGUUUCACGCGGUCAACUUUGAAAACAUCCCCGACAGUAGUCCCCUAAGGGCGUACUGGGCUAUCCAGGCUCGGACGUGGGGGCUGGAGGUGCCGUGGUUUACGGGAUAG